UUAUUUUCGUUUUGUGUUUUAAUAGGACACGCUUUGUAUUGUCGCUCAGUUCGCGGUUGUCGGAAGCUGGUGAGGUCCAGCGGUAACUGCUGCAAGUGCUCGUUGGUUUCUUUUGGAUCUUUUCAACGCCCUCCACGGCUCCAGUCAUCCAGAAUCCCACGGCUUUUCCUGAGAUUAUUGCGGUGACGUUUGCACUUUGCAGGGUUUUGGAAUUUUAGGAAGCAUGGCCGAGAUCGAGAAAGAAGCUCUCGCGACCGAUCAGGAAACCCCGCCUACAAGAGAAUAUACGGUGACAUUUUGCUGCCUGCCGCUACCCUGCUGCCUCGGACCUUUUCGUAUAGAUGCUGACAAACUCAAGCUUAUCGGUGCUGUUUGCACCGGUCUUGCGCUGUUCUUCUCAAUCAUCGUUGUUGGAGUUAUCAGCGAUGAGCUGCAUGUCCAGCAAGAACAGGGAGGCGCAUACUGUUACUUCGGCGGCAGCAAUAGCAACUGUGGCUUUGGCAUUUUCUGUGGAAGCCUCUCCAUUAUCUUGUGCAUUGUGCUGGGAGCGCUGUAUUUCCUGCGCUUCAAGCCGAUUGUGACGCAUGAGUUUUUGGGUACAGCUCCACAGUUUCUGGCCGAGGCAAUAGCAUCUGGUGUCAUGACCCUGUUAUUCUUAAUCUGCGCGUUUGUCUUGGCAAACUCUGAUCGAAGCGUAGCCAGCCGUGCCAACAAGAGAGAUGCUGCCAAUGCUGCCGUGACAUUCUCUUUCUUUGCGACAACCAUUUGGAGUUUGUUGUCCUAUAUCCCCUUCAUGAACUAUAGAAUGCUCCCUGACGAAGCUAGCAGCGGAUCUGGCACCACAAGCAACCCCAGCGCUCCGGUGUAAAUACUAAUAGCAUCACCAGGUAGCUUCCUGUCGUACCCGCUUGUAUACUCCACCCACACAGACACCUAAAAACGUUAAUAUGGGUUCCAGCUAGACAUACAAUGGUGGUCUGUCACUGUGGAUAUUUUUCCUCCAUCUUGUCAAGCAUUACUGAAGCCAUUACUAUUGACUCAACAUCCGAGUUCUAUUACUGAAGCUCUUUGGGUUUUUUGUCUCCUGUUUUCUGGCUUAGACACACUGCUCCUACAUGCAGUUGUGUAUCAUAUGAUUUUGUUUCUCUUGAUCUCGUCAAUGACCAAUACUUACCUACUGUGCUGCACACUGUUCAUGAUCUAGCCUCAGUUUGAUGAUACAAUAUUGCAACAUGCCGCACCUUUCAUCCAACACGUGUACAUCUACAUCACAGCAUAUGACCAUGGCAUGGGCCGGUCCCUGCGUCUUGGUGCUGCAUUUCAUCUGCGAGCUGGCAACUUGCGGCAAGGAAACCCCGUUGCAAUCUGCUACCUAAUCUUGUACAUGCGCUUUCAAGAGUGGGAACGACAGUACAUGCAAGCCUUUGUUAGCUAGUCAUCACUUUCUUCCCGAUAUCAUGUUUUCUUGUCUCCCUUGGUCCUUCACUACCUUUGCAUCUAGUUGAUUCAGCCUUUGUGGAAUAUUAUUCAAAUUCGUUCCGUUGA